AUGCAAAAUGGAAAUAGGAGUAAAGGGAAGCAGAAGAAACAAAAAGGUGUGAAAAAGUCCAAAAACAGGGUUUUGGCGAGCAAAUCCAGUAACGUCAACGGAACAAGUGAGCUCAGAAUACUGGCAAGUCCUAGCACUCCCAUAGUUCACCCACAAUUCGUCGAACAGGGCUUGCGGCCCGAUGUGGACGAGAAUUGGCCAACCGCUUACCUUGAAAAUGGCGAUUUUUUCGUCGAAACCAUCCGGUCAGCGGCUAUGAGCGAAAUGCAAAACACAAGACCCGGUUCUGACCGCGAAGACAAAAGCUCAUUGGAAGUGAGUGAAGAGUUCCGCCACUAUGACGUUUUGGACGAGCUUCUGUGUGAGCAGGUCGAUCCAAACUUCAAUUUGGUGCCAACCGCACAAAACUUCACAGCAACCAGAAGCGUGCACAAUAGUUUUGAUUGGGAGGCAUCCGAUGAAGAGAAAAUCCAGCCGUCGUGGUCCGAAGUAGUCUUGGAUACUCAGUCAAAGCUUUACUCCACCUACGCCAAGCUCUACUCUGGGUUUUGGACACUUGUUGUCCACAUUAGUGUGCGCGGAAGUGCUGUGGCCACUAAACUACAACAUCUAAUGACAGAAACAGCCAAUGAUCCAAAACUCGAAUCGAAAAAGCUACAGCACCUAUCUAGGAAACAACACUUGAAACUCAUCGCCCGAGUGUGUUUCAAUUACGCUCAAGAUCAUCCUUACAACGCCCUUUUCAUACUUACGUUUGCGGCGACCUUUUCUCCCGUGGUCAUUGUUUGCGUAACGCUCAUGUCGAUAUUUUCGAUCCUACUGUCGCUUUUCUACGUGACUGUGUUUCUAUCAGUGAGCGCAUUUGUCACAGUACUGAUUGCUCCGCUGAUGCUGUUAUCGCUGUCGUUCGCUGCCGGGGUAAUGAUUUGUGGGUUUUUCAGCAAUUUGUUCUUUAGGUUUGCGCAGCUCAUUUAUGGAUCCUACGCUGCAUACAGUCCAAAACCCUUGAGACUCGCCGCUGAUCAGAUCCCACCAUCUGUUGGAAGCGUCGAAAAGAGCGGUUCAAGAAGUCAAGAUAUGUUUACGAAAAUUACGACAUUGGCGCGGAAGAAAAGCUCAGGCACAAAUCAGCCCAUUGUGAUCCGCGGUGAAGAAGUUCCGAACCAAAAUCUGGACAUAAAGGUGGCAGAAGGUGUACUACAGUAG